AUGACAGCUAAUAUAGUAAUUUCUUGUGCACACUCGGAAUGUCUAAGAGGUUGGUUUCAUUAUGGAAAUUCUUGCUACUUCUUUAGUCACACACUGAAAACAUGGAUAGAUGCUGGGAGUUUUUGCAGAACGUAUAAUUCACAUCUAGCAAUAAUAGAAACCAGAGGAGAAAAUGCCUUUUUAACAGACACUAUUGAACUUAUCAAGAAUGGAAUCGGAAAAAGGGACACCAAUGAUAGAGACUUUUGGUUAGGAGGAACAGACGAAGUUAUUGAAGGUGUAUGGGUAUGGGCAUCAACAGGAAAAGACUUGACAUACACCAACUGGUUUCCAGGGGAUCCAGAUAACUGGGAAACAGGUGAAAACUGUUUGGUGUUGUCUUGGCUUUAUGGCACACAUGGAACAUGGAACGAUCAAGAGUGUUCCUUUUUAUCACCUUUCAUCUGUGAAACGGAAUUCCCAGCUUCAGGAAGCAUAAUUGGAUAAAUGAAUUUAAAGAUUGGCAAGCAUUGAAUGUGUCUGAUCAAUUGGAUGCAAGAAUAGCCACUUUUACUUCGAC